AUGAGGAAUAAACUCAUCCAAUCGGAAAAUUUAUGUUGGUUACUUGAUGAACAUCGACCAGAGGUUACCGUUACGCCAAUAAUUAUUAAGUCUUCUGAUAAAGAAAAAAUACUACUCAAGGACGUAAAUGGCCGACGUCGCGAUGGAAGAAACCUGGAAGAUAUUCGGCCGAUUUUCCUAAAAACUGGUCUCAUAAGUCAGGCUAAUGGUUCAGCGUAUAUAGAGCUGCGACAAACCAAGAUUGCCUGUGGAGUCUAUGGACCGCGCCAAACGAAAGUUGCGUCGUUCAGUGGGAAAGGGAAUUUAAAUUGUGAAAUUAAAUUUGCUCCAUUCUCGUGUUUGAAGCGUAGGCAAUCUUACCGGGAUGCACAGGAAAAGGAAUUGUCACAUCUCGUGUUUGAAGCAUUGGCGCCUUCUAUCCGACUUGAUCUAUUGCCCAAAUCGACCAUUGAUGUAUUUAUCAGCGUGCUAGAAAAUGAUGGAACGGCAUCAUGUUUAGCCGCGGCAAUCACAUGUGCUUCCGUGGCCGUAGCUGACGCGGGCAUAGAAAUGUCGGAUCAGGUUGCAGCUUGUUCUGCGUCGUAUAUUGAUGGUGAUAUUUACAUGGAUAGUGAUCUUUUAGAGGAACAGCGCGAGACAGGAUCAAUAGUUCUAUCUUAUAUGCCAUCAUUAAAUGAAGUAACGCACAUUUUACAAUCUGGUGAGGUUGAAAUUUCUCAAACUACUCAGGCUAUCGAACAAUGUACUGAUGCGUGUUCUAAGAUAUAUUCUGUCAUGAACCACAGUCUAUUGGAAUCCGUAAAGGACAAGAUGCAAUAA